UUAUUGUAAAUAGAUUAACCAAAAAUGAAAGAAUCGCACUAAAGCAUAUAUUUGCUUAUAUUAUUGUAGCAAAAGUUUAUUUUAAAUUAAUAAUUAAUAUUAACACAUAGACAAUUACAUCAUGUUUUUGGGGAAAAUACUAACGCGAGGAAUGGUGCACAAAUUCAAAUGCAUGGUUCCACUGGGAACUCAAUCACAACAGAAGCGUGUGUUAUCACUUACUACCAGUUUGGCCAACAAGGAGCCACUGAAAGUUUCUGAUGAUAAAACACAAAAAUAUUUAGAAAGUUUGCGUGUUGAGUUCUACAACUUACGAGCAAGCCCUACAGCACACACGCGAACACGACUUAAUCGGCUAGACGGUGUUGUUUCCGCACUUGAGCAAUAUCGCUUACUAAAAUCGAAGCUCGCAAGCAAAGAAGAUAUUGAAAAUGAAAAGGAUGAGGAAAUGCGUCAAUUAUUGCAGGAAGAAAAUGAAGUAUAUGGAGACCUUUUGCGACAAACUGAAGAAGAGCUUCUUAAUCAGAUGCUUAUGCUAGCCGAGGAACAAACAUAUAACUCACUUAUAUUUGAGGUAAAUGCUGGAGCAGGGGGACAAGAAGCAAUGCUUUUCGCACGCGAGCUCUUUGACAUGUAUACAAAUUACUUUGAUUAUAGUGAUUGGUCCUAUGAAAUUAUUGAUAACGAGAAGACAGAUAUCGGAGGUUUACGGCAUGGCAAUGUCAUUGUGCAGACUCGCGAUGCUUACAAUCAGCUGCAAUAUGAAGCUGGUGUGCAUAGAGUUCAACGUGUACCGUCAACAGAAAGAUCUGGUCGUAUUCAUACCAGUACAGCUUCAGUCACCGUAAUUCCACGACCUGACGAUGUUGAUGUCAAGAUAUCUGAAAAAGAUUUGAAAAUUGAAACGAAACGCGCAAGCGGGGCUGGCGGGCAGCAUGUAAACACCACAGAUUCGGCAGUACGUGUUGUGCACUUACCCACCGGCCUAGCAGUAGAAUGCCAAGCAGAACGGUCGCAAUUAAAAAAUCGUGAACGAGCCAUACAGCGUUUACAAGCGAAGCUGGUGCAGCGAGAAUUGGAGAGUAAAGAAGAAAAUGAAAAACGCACACGGAAACAGCAGCAGGGGAAUCUAAAUCGCAAUGAGAAAAUACGUACCUAUAACUUUCCACAAGAUCGUAUUACUGAUCACCGUAUUCCCAAUGGGACAGUAUAUAACUUAGAAGAGUUUCUCGAAGGAGGGGAAAGUUUGGAAAAACUAAAUCAACAAAUUGCUCGGGAAUUUCGGCGCGCAAAACUAGCCGAUUUGAUUAAUAAUUUUAAGCCUAUAAUGAGUGAAACAGAAAAUGAAGUGACAAAAUCUAAUUUAUUACCCAAGAAAAGUGCCGAUAUCGAGCGUGGAGUUAAUUAAAAAUAUACCUACACGAGAGUAAAUUUGAUAAUCUUAAAUUUUAUUAUUUUUUUUUUAUCCA